AUGCGCACAUCAGUUCUCGCCGGCCUUGCCGCCGCCCUUCCUUCCACAUUCGCCUACCACGGCUUCAACUACGGCGCGACCAACCUCGAUGGCUCCGUCCGCGUACAGUCCGACUAUGAGGCGCAAUUCAACGCCGCAAAGAGCCUUGCCGGCACCAACGGGCAAUUCACAUCCGCUCGCUUGUAUACCUCAGUGCAAGGCACAACCGGCGGGCCCAACUCGGCCUUCGCUGCUGCAGUGAACACGCAGACAUCGCUACUGCUGGGCAUCUGGAUCAGCGGGAACCCCAAUAUCCAGACCGAGAUUGAUGCUAUCCUGUCCGCGGCCUCAUCACAGGGCAGCGCAUUCACAGAUCUCGUCGCGGGCAUUUCCGUUGGAAGCGAGGAUGCCUACCGUGUGACGGAUCUAGGCAUUGCCUCAGGCGCUGGCCCAGGUGUCGACCCGCAGGGCAUCGCAAACUACAUCAGCCAAGUCCGCUCUGGUCUUUCCGGCAACAGUGCGCUGGCGGGUAAGCCCAUCGGCCACGUCGACACAUACAACACAUACGCCAACUCCUCAAAUUGGAUGGCACCCGUCGUGGAAGCAUCCGACUUCAUCGGCAUGAACGCAUUCCCAUAUUUCGAGAGCACAAAAGCCAACGGCAUCGAGAAUGCUAACUCGACGUACUACGCCGAUCUCGCGGCCACCGAGGCCAACGCACAAGGAAAGCCCAUCUGGGUCACGGAGACAGGCUGGCCGAGCAGUGGACCAGUGAGUGGUGCGGCGACGGCGAGUGUGGCUAAUGCAGAGGAGUACUAUGCGCAAGUGGGCUGUUCGUUGUUGAGCAGUGGGCGGAAUGUCUGGUGGUAUACGCUGCAGGACUCGACGGCGGAUGCGAGCGUGCCGAGUUUUGGGGUUGUGAGUGACUUGUCGUUUACGCCGAAGUAUGACCUGAGCUGUUAA